AUGUUCCUGCAUUCAUCCACGCCAGGAGACAAUGGCAGCUCAUCCACUCUAGAAGACUAUGGCAGCGCGUCCACUCGAGAAGACUAUGGCAGCUCGUCCACUCUAGAAGACUAUGGCAGCUCGUCCAUGCCAGUAGAAUAUGACAGCUCAUCCACUCUAGAAGACUAUGGCAGCUCAUCCACUCUAGAAUACUAUGGCAGCUCGUCCACUCUAGAAGACUAUGGCAGCUCAUCCACGCCAAGAGAAUAUGGCAGCUCGUCCACUCUAGAAGACUAUAGCAAGUACUAUGGCAGCUCAUCCACACCAGGAGACUAUGGCAGCUCGCCCAGGCCAGGAGACUAUAGCAGCUCGUCCAUGCCAGGAGACUAUGGCAGCUCAUCCACACCAGGAGACUAUGGCAGCUCGCCCAGAAGACUAUGGCAGCUCGUCCACGCCAGGAGAAUAUAUUGCAGCUCGUCCACUCUAGAAGACUAUAGCAGCUCGCCCAGGCCAGGAGACUAUGGCAGCUCGUCCACGCCAGGAGACUAUGGCAGAUCGCCCAGGUCAGGAGACUAUGGCAGCUCAUCCACACCAGGAGACUAUGGCAGCUCAUCCACACCAGGAGACUAUGGCAGCUCAUCCACACCAGGAGACUAUGGUAGCUCAUCCACACCAGGAGACUAUGGCAGCUCAUCCACUCUAGAAGACUAUGGCAGCGCGUCCACUCGAGAAGACUAUGGCAGCUCGUCCACUCUAGAAGACUAUGGCAGCUCGUCCAUGCCAGUAGAAUAUGACAGCUCAUCCACUCUAGAAGACUAUGGCAGCUCAUCCACUCUAGAAUACUAUGGCAGCUCGUCCACUCUAGAAGACUAUGGCAGCUCAUCCACGCCAAGAGAAUAUGGCAGCUCGUCCACUCUAGAAGACUAUAGCAAGUACUAUGGCAGCUCAUCCACACCAGGAGACUAUGGCAGCUCGCCCAGGCCAGGAGACUAUAGCAGCUCGUCCAUGCCAGGAGACUAUGGCAGCUCAUCCACACCAGGAGACUAUGGCAGCUCGCCCAGAAGACUAUGGCAGCCCGUCCACGCCAGGAGAAUAUAUUGCAGCUCGUCCACUCUAGAAGACUAUAGCAGCUCGCCCAGGCCAGGAGACUAUGGCAGCUCGUCCACGCCAGGAGACUAUGGCAGAUCGCCCAGGUCAGGAGACUAUGGCAGCUCAUCCACACCAGGAGACUAUGGCAGCUCAUCCACACCAGGAGACUAUGGCAGCUCAUCCACACCAGGAGACUAUGGUAGCUCAUCCACACCAGGAGACUAUGGCAGCUCGUCCACACCAGGAGACUAUGGCAGCUCGCCCAGGCCAGGAGUCUAUGGCAGCUCGCCCAGGCCAGGAGACUAUGGCAGCUCGUGA